CAGUUUCUUUAAGCAUCUUUACUUUGCAUAAAUAGUUUACUGGCCUAGCCAGCAGGGAUGAUGUGACUCGGACUGUGAGAGUCACGUACUGGCAUCUUCAUAUUAACCAUGCUACACUCUUUUUACAACAGAUGCAGGCAUUGGACGGCACAAAUUCCUUCGAAGGCCAGUUCUUGGACUGUUCAUCCAUCACUACAUAUAAGAGUUCCUGCAUGUAUACAUGCACUUCAUCAGUACUGCAGUUCAUCAAUAUCUUGCUAUUACCUCAAGCAAUUGAUAUGGCUAGCCACAUUUUGUUGGUUAUUGCGAGUUUUCUAGCCAUCAUUUGUGCCUCGGCCACUGCCUCCGAUCCUAGUCCAUUGCAAGAUUUUUGCGUUGCCGAUCCUACUAGCUCAGUAAGAGUUAAUGGCCUACCUUGUAUGGAUCCGAAGCUGGUAAAUGCAAGCCAUUUCUUCUCCAGUGAACUCCGUGUGCCUGGCAACACAUCAAAUCCCAUUGGAUUCACAGUCACUAUUGCCCAAAUACCUGGACUGAAUACUCUUGGGCUCGCAUUGGGUCGCGGAGACUAUGCGCCGGAAGGAACAUCAACCCUCCACACACACCCUCGGGCAACUGAAAUUACAACCGUCUUAGAAGGCAGCUUAAUUGCUGGAUUUGUAACCUCAAAUCCGGAAAACAGGCUCGUUUGGAAGGUGCUUCAAAAGGGUGAUGUGUUUGUCUUUCCCAUUGGACUAGUUCACUUUACGUUUAAUGUAGGCAAUGGACCUACUGCUACUAUUGCUGCUUUUACCAGUCAGAGCCCAGGUUUCAUUCGAGUUGGUGAUUUGUUUGCAACCAAUCCAUCCAUUCCUGAUGAUAUUCUGGCCAAGGCUUUCCAGGUGGACGAAUCUGUAAUUCGCAAACUUCGACCAUGAUUAAAACGCUUGUAUUCGACUGGCUUUGUAGCUGUUCAACGUUAUAUUUUUGGAAUUUUAUUUUUUCAUGCUUUAUUUUUUUCA